AAAAAGACCAAAAAACAGCCCGAUAUAAAAGCCGCGCGUGAAUACAAUAAUCACCGCAAGUGUGCGUGUUUAAAGUUACUUCUGCAGAAGGAAAGAGCCUUUGCCAGUGUGUUGGACAACUCGAGGAACUGUUUCAGGGACGGUUUUGUUUCCUGAGGAGAAGGGUCUUCAAGAAUCAGAAGGCAACAAUCGCAGGCGGCGGCCUUGUUGUCUGGAGCACCUCUGGGCACGGACACGCCCACCCUUCACUGUCAGGAAGUCCUUGACCCGUCCGUGGCACCGUUCCGGGGAUCACUGUCUUGAGGGAAGCAGUGACCGAAGAAGAAAGCCUCUGGAAUGGCGCGGCGCACGUGACGCAACGCCCGGCAGAGUAUAUAAGGCCGCGCCGCGCCGGUCCACGCCACAACACAGCCGCUCAGCGUCCCUCCACCACCAACAGGUCCACCACAAUGACGUCCCUCCAGGUCGUGCUCUUCUUCGCCGCCGCCGCCGCCCUGGCCGCCGCCGCGCCCCGCCCUGACGGCCCCCCCUCCUACGGGCCGCCGCCCCCACACUACAAGGAGCCCGGCAUGCCCUUCGACUUCGCCUACGCCGUCAAGGACGACUACACCGGCAACGACUUCUCCCACGACGAGAGCAGCGACGGUCACGUGACCAAAGGCUCCUACCAGGUGCUGCUGCCCGACGGCCGCCGCCAAAUCGUGACCUUCACCGCUGACCACGACGCCGGCUACAUCGCCGACGUGGCCUACGAGGGCGAGGCCACCUACCCCGCCGCCGCCCCCGCCUACGGGCCCCCCGCCCCCCCCGCCUACGGGCCCCCCGCCCCCCCCGCCUACGGACCCCCCGCCUACGCCUAGGCCCUCCCAGCAGCCCCGCCUCCCCCUAGUCCCGGCCAGUAAAUUAUUGACCCCCCCCCCUCCCCCCCGCGGCAACAAUGCUCAUGUAAAUAAACAGUCAACAUUACCACCCACCUGUUCCCUGACCCUCACACCGUCCAUAACACGACGAAGGCAAACACAUUAGGG